CCACUUUAGUUCAAUAUGGCGUGUCGGGUUGUAUUUAUGUACAAGAACAGUGAUUAAUUAAUGAAAUGAAUUGCGUGAUGUUUAAUUUUCUUUUAUAUAACAAACUAAAAUAUAUGUGCAAAAUACGAGAAAAGUGGUGACGAGUAAUUGCAGUUAUUUAUUUGCAUUAAACGAAAUAAUCCUUAAUUUUAUACAAUGGCAGUUAGUGUGUUCACAAUUUUAUGUGUUUAUUACUGAAGGUGAUUUUUUUAUUUAAAUAUGAAUAUUGUGAAUGUGGGAGACCAUACAUAUGAUUUUAAAUCAGAAGAAAAUUCGGUCAAGUGGAAAGGCGUUCUGGUAGCAGCUUUAAAAAAAGUUUUAGAACAGGUUCAUCCUUCUUUAGGUGCGAAGGACGAUGCUCUCGAUUACGUAGAAAGUUUAUGCUUGAGACUGCUGGCUAUGCUUUGUGCUAAGCCUAGUCCCCAUACUGUUCAAGAUGUGGAAUAUCGUGUUCAAAAUACUUUUCCAACACCAAUCGAUAAAUGGGCUCUUAAAGAAGCACAAGAAGCUUUGGAAAGAGGCAAAAAGAAAUCAGUAUUACCUGUUGACAGAAUUCACAAUUUAUUACAAAAAGAGGUGUUGUUAUACAAGGUGGAUUCUGCAGUGUCCCUUUUCUUGGUUGCUGUCUUGGAAUACAUAUCAGCGGACAUUCUUAAGCUGGCGGGAAACUAUGUGAAGCAUAUAAAACAUGUGGAAAUCACUUUUCAGGAUGUGCAAAUUUCAAUGAAUGCUGAUAAAGCUUUAAUGGACAUGUUUUAUCAAGAUGAAGGCGGUGGAAACAUCGGAGUACUCAGUGAGCCUCCCGUAUUACCCCCCGCCCCGCGAACAAGCCUCACGUAUGAGGAGGUAGUCAGGGAAUUGAUGGCGUCUGAAAGACAGUACCUUAGGGAGUUACACAUGGUGAUAAGGGUUUUUAGAGAAGAAAUAAUAAAGUUGAACGUUACACAAAAAGAGUUGGACUGUAUUUUUUCAAAUAUUCUAGACAUUUACGAAUUAACUGUAACGUUACUCGGAAGUUUGGAGGACGUGAUGGAAAUGGCACAGGAUCAAAUGGCUUAUAUUGGUAGCUGUUUUGAAGAGUUAGCGGAAGCGGCUGAAUUCGAUGUGUACAGCAAAUACGCACAUGAUGUUAUGACUUCAUCCUGUCGCGAUACAUUGAACAAUUUAUUGUCACGUCCCGAUAUAAACAGCACUUUAGCAACUGCCGGCCAGGGAAUGCGUCUCGCCCUCAAGUAUUAUCUUCCAGCGUUACUUCUCGGUCCAAUUAAGCACUGCUUUUGUUAUUUGGAGCACAUCAAGCUGCUUAAAUGUUUGUCGGAAUCGGUCGAAGAUAAGGAGACCUUGGAGCAGGUGGAAGGCCUGCUUAAACCACUUUUCACCGAACUAUCGUCGUAUACUAGCGCACAAAAUUUACAGCGAUUAAACGCAAUUCCGCCUUAUAAUGCCCGAGUCCGUCGACAGAAUGCUCUCGACAAAAUCCACGAACUUCAGCGGAUUGUUGAGAAUUGGGACACGAAGGAUAUCGGUCAAUGUUGUAACGAAUUCAUCAGAGAGGAUGUUUUGUUAAAAGUGAGUUCGGGUAAGAGACUGACAGACAGACGAGUGUUUCUAUUUGACGGUCUGAUGAUAUUGUGCAAACCAAAUUCGCGACGACAAAGUUCGGUUCAUCUCAGUCAUCCCGAAUGUCGAAUUAAAGAAAGAUUUUUUAUUCGAAAAGUCGAAAUAAUUGAUCAUUCGGAUACUGACGAAUUAAAGAAUUCGUUCGAAAUAUCGCCUAGAAUACAGCCAGCCGUCACGUUGUGUGCGAAAAACGCCGAAGACAAAAACUCAUGGAUGGCCGAUCUCGUCAUGCUGAAUACACGUUCAAUGCUCGAACGAAUAUUGGACGGUAUUCUUUCGGACAUCGAGCGGAAACAUCCGCUGAAGUUGCCCUCUCCUGAAAUUUACAAAUUUGCCGAACCAGAUUCCAAAGACAAUAUAAUAUUGGAACAGAGAGAGAACGGCGGAGUUCCUCUUAUAAAAGGAGCCACUUUGUAUAAAUUGGUUGAACGAUUAACGUAUCACAUUUACGCGGAUCCGAAGUUUGUUCGCACAUUUCUAACAACGUUUCGCAGUUUCUGCGCUCCUUCGGAUCUUUUGGCUUUACUCAUCGAACGGUUCAAUAUACCGGACCCGUCUAUGGUCUAUUCUCAACGUGAAGAUUGGAAACGUUACCGAAAGGAGUACUGUCAACCGGUACAAUUCAGAGUGUUGAAUGUUUUGAGACAUUGGGUCGAUCAUCACUUUUACGAUUUCGAGCGCGACCCGAGCCUUUUGGAAAAAUUGCACGAGUUCCUCGAAUCCGUUAAUGGAAAGAGUAUGAAGAAGUGGGUCGAUAGCGUUCUAAAAAUUGUUCAGAGAAAGUCGGAGCCCGACAACCAGAGGCAUAUAAAGUUUGCGUUCGACGAAUUGCCACCUCCCAUAGAAUGGCAUCAUCAGGUGUCCGAAGAGGAGUACGGAAUAUUAACUCUUCAUCCUGUGGAAAUUGCUAGACAACUGACUCUUCUCGAAUUUGAUAUUUAUCGAACCGUUAAACCCUCUGAACUGGUCGGUUCUGUGUGGACGAAAAAAGAAAAAGAAGUGACGAGCCCUAAUCUACUUCGUAUGAUGAAAUACACCACAACGGUAACCCGAUGGCUCGAAAAAAAUAUCGUGGAAACAGACAAUUUUGAAGAAAGGGUGGCGGUUUUGAGUCGAAUAAUCGAAAUAAUGAUGGUUCUGCAAGAUUUGAACAAUUUCAAUGCAGUUUUAGCUUUCGUGUCGGCUCUCAGUUCUGCUUCUGUUCAUCGUCUAAAAUUUACAUUUAACGCUUUACCCCAAAACCAAAAGAAAAUAUUUGAAGACUGGAAAACGGACGACCACUUGAAGAGAUAUCAGGAGAAACUCAGGUCGAUAAAUCCGCCUUGCGUGCCUUUCUUGGGACUCUACUUGACUAACAUUUUGCACCUAGAAGAAGGUAAUCCUGACUUUCUGCCCAACACUCAACUGAUAAAUUUCUUUAAAAGACGAAAAGUGGCGGACAUUACGGGCGAAAUUCAACAAUAUCAAAAUCAACCCUACUGCUUUAGCGUUGAACCGAAAAUUAGACAUUUCUUGGAAAAUUUAAAUCCUUUCGGUGAUAUGAACGAUACGGACAUUAGUAACUACUUGUAUAAUAAAUCGAUGGAAAUUGAGCCACGUCAAUGUCGUCAAUUGCCCAAGUUUCCACGAAAAUGGCCAAAUUUAAAUUUAAAAAGUCCAGGCAUAAAAACGAAAAUCACACGAAUGACUGCUUCUUCUUCCUCUUCUUCAACGGCGACGGCAGUUGCGGUGGUAGGUCCAAUGUCGACCUUAUCUACAAUGACCACAACAACGACUACAGCUCCACUUUCGCAGAAUCAACAGUCCGUUCAAAGUACCGCCAAUAAUAUUCCAAAUGUCACCGGCGUUGUGACCACAAAACAAGAAGAAGCAGUGAGUGUUAAAGCGACGGACGACAUUGGCGGUACCAAGUCGGAUAAUGACUUCAGCGUUUUUGCACAGGUUCAGAUACCGACAAACAGCGGAGGUCAGAAUAGUCCCACUUUAAGCCCAAUAUCGCCAGCAGCUGCAACACCUUUGAUUAAUUGGUUCCAACCCAGUCACAGUAGGAGCCCUAGCGUUAGUUCGAUCGUGUCGGCUGCGUCAUUUCGCAGUUCCUCAUUCGUUAUUCCACCUCCAAUCAAUCCACGCGUCGAUUCUAUGUUUGUUAGUGGAGGCAACCUUGGCGGAAUAGCCCCCGCUCCUCCCCACAUCCAACAGCAAAAGAUCAAUCAGUCGCCCACUUACUGCGGCACCAGCGGCCCUAGCAGUCCCGGCCCUCAUAGUCCAUCAUCUCCUGGCCCAUUUUUACCAACCAUCGAUCCCGUUAGUCCUUGUUUGUCUUCGACACCACCUCCAUUACCGCCGCGACGAAGAAGAGAUAGCGUCGAAAUAAGUUCUCCUCAUCAGGCGAAGCUUGCCGUUUCUUCGAAAGAAAUUUCUCCGCCACCUCCGCCAUUACCACCGCGAAGGGAGGCGACCGUUUCCCCAAAUUCUCAUCACAACAGCCUGCCGUAUCCUUCUCAGAAUUUAAAUUUCUCUCCCAAUACGUUGCCAAGAUUAAAUCCAACAUACACGUCCCAGUUGCACAUAAGAAGGCAAUCAACGCUGCAUCCGCACCUUCCUCCUCGAAAUUUGAGCUACACCAACGGCGCUUCAAGUGCUCCUGUUCAACCGUCGAAUAUAUCUCCACGCUUUAUUAAUGAGUCGAAUUCGGGACAGGUCACCCCAAAAUUGCCACCAAAACCGGCCAUCCGUUCUGCCGGCAUCACGAGCGGCACAAUGUUCCACUAUCCCAGUACGUCUAAUACUUCAAACUAAAUAAAACAACAAAUUUAAUGGUUCUCGGUUUUUCCAAAAUAAGAUACCUACUGGACAAACUGAAUAUUUUCUUUUAGUUCUUCUUGUUUUGGCGUUUUUCUAUGACUAACGGAAAUAUCGUUAUCGAAUGCCUUAUCAUACAAUUGUUAUGUACGUUUUAUUUAUUCAGUUGUUUUAUUUAAAAACUUCUUUUUCUAAUGUCGAUUUUUUGAAUAUCUGUUAGUAUUUUUUCAUUUACGGUGAGUGCGAUUUUGCAAUAGAUUAUUUUAAUAUAAGUUAUUGAACCCCGACAAUAUUUAAUUGAAAAUGAAUUUUAUAAUUAUGUAGAAAAUGGAUUCGCAUAAUUAUGAAACCAAGAAUUCCCAGAAUUUUAUAUUGUUUUAAUAGGAAAACAGCGAGUGGGUCAUGCAAAAUUAUCGCCUUAAUCGCAUCAGCCACGCAAGGAAUCCAAAUUAAAACGGGAGUAUUAUGUACGAUACAAUUUAUCAUAUGGGUAGUACGCUUCUUCCAUUAUUAUCAUGCAUGUAUGUAUAUACAUUGCAAAUGCAAAUAAAAAUUUAUUCAGUUUUUAAAGUAAGAAUCCGAGCUUAAAGUAAACUCAAUUUUAUUAUCUUUCGCAUAUGUUCGACGUAUUUGUAUAUAAUGUUUAAAGUAUUGGAUUUUUAUUGCUUACCGACAUUUUCUGUGUUAAACAAAAAUAUACAUAGCAGUGAAAAUUGCAUUAGAUUUACUACGUGAUGUGUAAUUUUAUAUAUUGUAUAUUAAGAACAAGAUACGUUGUCGAGCUGAUUCGGCAACCACCGGCAUAAGGAAUUGUUGUAAUUAACAAAAAACUAUAUAAAUAAAUGAAUAAAGCUUCGUGUGAUGGGUGUACCCGUUAAUAAUGUUAUAAAGAUGGUUAUUUUUUAAAUGUAAUGUGUAUGCGUCUGUGUGCAUGGUAAGACGCACGAUUGAUCACAUUGCGUUGCAACACAAUGGCGGAACAAAAGGGCGAGAAAGUGAAUUGUGAAAUUGAUUUGCGAUUGAAAGGGUUGUGGGCAUCAAGAAUCGAUAAAUGUAUUAUAAUUUCGGUAUAAUUUAAAAUCUGUGAUAGUAGUAUGGACCAUUAUUUGUAAAAAAAAAAAAAAAUAUGAUU